ACAUGGCGGCGUACAUGUUAAUCCUUGGGUGAACUCAAUUUUAUAAAUUAUCUUUAUUUCCUUUCUUUUCUGUCUUAUACAAACAUUACAACAACAUGUUUCAUUUGGCACGUUGCAGUCGAUUCACACGUGGCUCUGUCACAUCAGAUCGACUGUUGUGCUCCCGAAAAGGAAGAGAUUUUAUGAUCCACUGCAACCGGCGUGACCAGCACAGCGUACAGUGGAGUAGUUAUAAAACUCCAUCCACUCAGUUCACUGUCAGCGCUCCAGUUCGCAUAUGGAGACAAGCUCAAAAAGUGCUCCUCCUGGCAUCGAGACAGCAUCUCAGACCAUCAAACAUCACUCUCAAAUUCAUAUUAGGACCAGCUGCUUUGAUAGUUACAGCACGCUUGUUUGGCAGUGGAGCUCACUGUCAUGCAGACGUGAACAAUAAUGUCCCAAGAGAAAUUCAAGUUAAAGAGAAAGUUCCUGAAUUCAGCUGGGCUGUUUUGUGGGAGUUUGUUCGGCCAGAACUUCUUGCUCUGAUUGGAGCCAUUAUCCUUGCAUUUGGAGCAGCAGCCCUUAAUAUUCAGAUUCCACUGAUGUUGGGAGAUCUGGUGAAUGUCGUCGCUCGCCACAUGCGAGAACAAGCUGGUCAUUACAUGAAAGACAUCCGUGCACCUGCUAUUAAGUUGAUCGGACUAUACGGUUUACAGGGUCUGUUGACCAGUGGCUACAUCAUUCUUCUUUCCAAAGUUGGAGAGAGAGUGGCUGCUAAUAUGAGGAAAACACUCUUCACAUCCUUGCUUAGACAAGAUGUUGCAUUUUUCGAUGCGAACAAGACCGGGCAGCUGGUUAAUCGCCUAACAUCUGACAUCCAGGAGUUUAAAUCCUCCUUCAAGCUGGUUAUUUCUCAGGGUUUGCGAAGUGCCACACAGACGGUGGGCUGUUUCGUCUCAUUGUAUGUUAUCUCCCCAAAACUCACGGGUCUCACGGUGGUGGUCCUUCCGUGUCUUGUGGGGGCUGGUGCUUUCAUUGGCUCUUUUCUUCGGAAACUGUCACGGAAUGCACAGGAACAAGUUGCUAAAGCUACAGGGGUGGCCGAUGAGGCUCUUGGUAAUGUGCGAACAGUGAGAGCUUUUGCGAUGGAGGAUAGAGAACUAGAGACGUAUGCAGCCGAAGUUGAGAAAUCCGCUGCAAUGAAUGAAACGUUAGGUACAGGAAUCGCCGUGUUUCAAGGCCUGUCUAAUAUCGUCUUGAACUGCAUUGUUUUAGGCACAAUUUUUGCUGGUGGAUCUUUGAUGGCCCGAAAUGACAUGACACCUGGUGACCUGAUGUCAUUUUUGGUCGCCUCCCAAACAGUUCAGAGGUCUCUUGCCAGCAUUUCAAUACUGUUUGGCCAGAUGGUUAGAGGUAUGAGUGCAGGGGCUCGAGUUUUUGAGUAUUUAACUUUAGAACCAACCAUUCCACUCACAGGAGGAGGCCGUAUUCCACACCAUUCUCUAACAGGGAGAGUAGACUUCAUGAAUAUCAACUUCAGUUAUCCAACAAGACCUGGCAACCAGAUCCUUAAGAACUUCAGUCUGACUUUACCCCCCUGUAGAACUGUUGCUAUUGUGGGAGAGUCAGGAGGAGGCAAAUCCACUGUGGCUGCGUUGUUGGAGCGCUUCUAUGACCCCAGCAGUGGAGUGAUAAUGCUGGAUGGAUUGGACAUCAGAACAGUGGACCCGUCCUGGCUCAGAGGACACGUCAUUGGGUUCAUUAGUCAGGAACCUGUACUUUUUGGUUCUUCAGUGAUUGAGAAUAUCAGGUUUGGUAAGCCCAGUGCCACAGACGCUGAGGUCAUGACUGCGGCCAAACAAGCCAAUGCUCAUAAUUUCAUCACAGGAUUCCCUGACGGAUACAACACUGUGGUUGGUGAGCGUGGAGUCACUCUCUCUGGGGGCCAAAAGCAGCGUAUCGCCAUCGCUCGGGCUCUGGUUAAAAACCCCAGCAUCCUGAUUCUAGAUGAAGCCACCAGCGCGUUAGACGCGGAGUCAGAGCGUGUGGUUCAGGAGGCGCUGGACAGAGCCACAACCGGUCGCACUGUUCUAAUUAUUGCUCAUCGUCUCAGUACUAUUCAGGGAGCCGAUCUCAUCUGUGUCAUGAGCAAUGGACGCAUUGUUGAGGCUGGAACACACCUGGAAUUGUUGAGCAAAGGAGGACUGUAUUCUGAGCUAAUAAGGAGACAAAGAUCUGAGGGUCAAAAAUGAACAAGUGCUCAUGCUGUUUAAGAUAUAAGGCUAAAAGAUAAGGUGCAGUUCGUCUCAAAGUGGCGUUACGCAAAUCCUAUAUCACAGAACACUCACGGUACCACUGGACAUUAUGAUUAUAACUGGGCUUUUUGAGUAAUUUACACUGUGCUUGUUAACUCUAUCAUAAAUAAGGGAGAUUUUAGUCAAUAGUCUAUGUUUUCAGUUUUAUAUGUAAUGGAAAAAUAUCAGUGAUGAGGAAGUGGUAGCCAUUCAAGUGUUUUAUCAUUCUGGUUUACUCCCCCAAACUAGACUGAAAGUAUUGUAACCUUGUUAAUUUUUUAAAUAUAAAUAUUUCUAUAAAGUGAGAUGUACAUUUUAUUUUACUGGAAUAUAUAAUAAUAAUACAUAUGAUUAAUAGAUGCCAAUGUGUUGAUACUCUGCUUGUCUGCCGUGAAAAU